GCAGCCGCGAGUUUGCUCCUACCUCGCCUACCCAGUAGUCGUCUAAGAGUCACCGAGCUCACACAAUGGCAGGCUUGCAGACAGAUGAUGCCAUGUUCGCAGGAUACGCUGAGGCUGAACAUGAUCAGUACAUCCUGGAGAAGAAGCUCGGCAGUUCGCAUGAUCACAUAGUCUCCGAGACUGCAUCACACGAACUCGACGGGAUCCACGACGGCCUCGAGUUCCCCACAGACGACGAGCGGGAAACCCUCCGUCGUGUGCCAGAUGCCAUCCCAUGGAACGCGUACCUCAUUGCCUUCGUUGAGCUUUGCGAACGCUUUUCCUACUACGGUGCCACCGUUGUCUUCACCAACUUCAUCCAACAGCCUCUGCCACCUGGUUCCAAGACAGGUGCUUCCGUCAAACAGCCUGGUGCCCUUGGCUUGGGCCAGCGUGCAUCCACUGGUAUCUCGACCUUCAACAGCUUCUGGGUAUACGUGAUUCCUCUAUUUGGCGCUUACAUCGCCGACACAAGAUGGGGUCGCUUCAAGACGGUUUGCGUCUCCGUCGCUAUCGCUCUCUUCGGUCACGCCCUCCUCAUCAUCUCUGCCAUUCCUGGUAUUAUCAACCACAGCCAUGGUGCUUUGGCAUGCUUCGUGAUCGCCAUCAUCAUCAUGGGUCUCGGUACCGGAGGCUUCAAGGCGAACAUCUCGCCACUUGUCGCUGAGCAGUACCGCCGCACCAAGCUCUUCGUCCGAACGGAGAAGAGCGGCGAGCGCGUUGUUGUUGACCCAACGCUCACUACUUCGCGUAUCUACAUGUACUUUUAUCUCUUCAUCAACAUUGGUGCUCUUAUUGGCCAGAUCGGCAUGGCGUACUCCGAAAAGUACGUCGGCUACUGGCUCGCGUAUACGCUCCCGACGGCAUUGUUCUGCUUGUGUCCUUUUGUUCUCUAUAUCGGUCGCAACCACUACGCCAUGUCCCCUCCGCAAGGUUCCGUCCUUGGCCAGUCUCUCCGCGUCUGGCGUCAGGCCUUGAAAGGACGCUUCUCGUUCAACCCCCUUAAGACCUGGAGGAACCUUUGCGCGCCCGACUUCUGGGAGCAGGCUAAGCCGAGCAAUUACCAGGGCGAGAGCCGCCCCCGCUGGAUGACCUUCGACGAUCAGUGGGUGGACGAGGUCAAGCGCGGCUUCAAAGCUUGUUCCGUCUUCUUGUGGUACCCCAUUUACUGGCUCACUUACAACCAACUGAACAACAACCUGACGUCUCAGGCGGCUGUCAUGUCCACGCACGGUGUUCCCAACGACGUCCUUUCCAACCUCGACCCCUUCGCCCUCAUCAUCUUCAUCCCCAUCUGCGAUCUCUUCAUCUACCCUGCUCUCCGUCGCGUUGGCAUCAACUUCACUCCUUUGAAGAAGAUCACCGCUGGGUUCUUCACUGGUGCUUUCGCGAUGGUUUGGGCCGCUGUCGUCCAGCACUAUAUCUACAAGACCAGCCCUUGCGGCUACACCGCCGCAACGUGCUUCGACAGCGACAACAACCCGCUCGUAUCCCCGCUUAACGUCUGGAUCCAGACCGGAUCCUACGUCCUUAUCGCCUUCUCCGAGAUUCUCGCGUCCAUCACGGGUCUCGAGUACGCCUUUACCAAGGCGCCGAAGAACAUGCGUUCGCUCGUCAUGGGCGUGUUCCUGUUCAUGUCUGCGAUCUCGAGCGCUAUCGGCGAGGCCUUCGUCUCGCUCUCCACAGACCCGCUCCUCGUCUGGAACUACGGUGUCAUGGGCGUCCUCGCGUUCAUUUCCGGCAUCAUCUUCUGGUUCCAGUACAGGCACCUGGAUCAGCAGGAGGACGAGCUCAACAUGAUCGACGAGGGUCACAUGGAGGGGCCUGCGAGCGAGAAGCACUGAGCGGCGCGCUGUCGUUGACGGGAGUUUAUCUCCCGCUUUGCCUGGUCUUGCAGGGGGUGGGGGAGAGUUGUAUGUUGGGUGUAUGCUUACGAUGUUGCGAUGCCAAAGCAACGAUAUUACAUCGUGUAUCAUGCCAUCACGAACCUAGUACGUGUACAGUAUCCGGGUUGUUAAUCAUUACUUGUUGUCUUUUUCGAUCC